AGCAGAAAUAAAUAGUAUAACUUUUUGAAUAAUAUAUGACGGUUAUAGGACGUAGAUUGUGUUAAAUAAUAUUUUAAUUGGAAUUGCACUUAAUUUUUUUUAAUUAAAAUGUUUAAGUGAAAAUAAUCAUUAGAUAUGUCUGUGAAUAAUUGGAAAAAGGUGGAAAAUGAGGCGGGAUAUCCGUGUUACAUCGACGAGGCGGCAGGAAAGCAACAAUAUGAUCAUCCCGAAUUUAGAAAGAUUAUGGAAUCUCUUCAGGAGUAUGAUGGGAUCAAACAAGGCACCUAUCGAGUCGCUUUUAAAAUUUACUCCCUACAAAAACACCUGAGAGUACCUCCUCUUCGAAUAAGUUCAGGAGUAUUUGCAAGACACCGGCUUAGCUUAUCAGAAAGCAGCUUGUCUCUGGACACUGUAGAGUUAGAGUCUGUUCUUGCUGACAUUUACUUUGCUGCUGAGAAAGAAGGUUUGUUUACUGGAGACAUAGACCUCGCUGUGGACUUACUGAUCAACCUGUUGCUCAAUAUUUAUGAUAGUGAAAGAAAAGAACCAAUCAGAGUGCUAGCAGCGAAGACACUCCUCAUAAUCUUAAGUGAGGAGUCAGCUGCUGACAAAUGGUCAUCGUUAGCGAACUGCUGUAUGGACCAUAAUGGCUGUGUGUCGCCCAAAAGACUGGCCGCCCUGUUGGCCCAGGUGACUGCACUGUCUGCAUACCUUGGGGUGAUCAGUGACCAUGCCGAAGCUGAUGUCGAGGCAUGUUUUGGUAAGAGUGCUGGCAUGCUGGGCGCCCACGCGCGCGCUGUGGCGGAGUGGGGCGUGCAGCACUGCAGCAGCGCGCGCUGGCUGCCGCUCGUGCAGCGCGUGGUCGCCAGCAGGAACAGUGCUGACGUCACCGCCUGCUGUGCCCUGUGUGUGCAGCCCCUCAUACAGGUGCUGAAAUUCAAAUGCGCAAAAUGCAGUGAUGUGUACUUCUGUGAGAAAUGUUACUUAUAUGACAAAAACUUGACGAAUGUUAGCGGACACAAGAAGACUCACUUGAUAUAUGAGAUCAUGGAAGGACAACCAAAAUCAUCAGAAUACAUGAACUUCUUAAAGGGCAUGAGACGUCUAUUCUUCUGCACUAAGACCAAGAAGAAAGGGCCAGGGUCUAAGAAGGGGUCUAAGAAGAGUAUAGACAGGCCAGAAGGGUCCGAUCGGCGUAGGAAUGGACCCGUGAUAUUUACGUCCACCGUUGGUAAGGCUUCGGGAAAUAAUGCGAGUAAUCCUGCUGUGAUGUUGCAGGAUAUUAUUACGCAGUUGGAAACACAGCAAAAAUCCCUUCAAGAGGUAUCAAACCGGAUUCAGAAAGUUUAUGGACCGAUUGACAACGAUACGAAAAAGGAGGUGGAAAAUAACGACCUUCUAACAAAGUUAGAAGCGCACUGGACUCAUGUAACGACACAGAUUAAUCGACUGAAGAUUUUAAAGGAAAAUCUAUCAUCAAGUCAGCCAACACUACCUUCAGAGAAUCCUUCAAAAUCCGACAAGAACGACCGGCCACAGGCUUUUGACUUAUUCAGUCCAAUACCGAUCUUAGAAACAGAAAAACAGUCUAAAGUGACUGAUGUUAAGAACCCACCCAGGGUACUGAGUUUGGACUCUGGGAAUUUCUCCGCAGCAUCCAAGAGAGACAGUCAGAAUCUAUUGACCAUGUCCGGAGAUGCGUUGAAACCUGUGGUCGUACAUGCUACCUCUGAUAGCAUAUCUACUGUGUCCAUGAAUGAUAUUAGCAGCUGGCAUAAUGAAACAGACACAGCUUCGUCAAGACGGGGUCGUACAUCACUUCGUCACGAGAACUCUACGAUCCGGUCACUGGCAGCCGCCGAAAGGAAGUUCGCGGCCGACAUACGCUGCGUCGAAAACUCCAACGAUAAGAUGAGAGAACUUAAUGCUGAUCUGGAUACCGUGCUCGACAGGCUGCAGCAGAUAUUGACCAAUAACUUUGCUAUGGAUGAUUCAUGUUUCGACAACACGCAACUGCGUGAGACUGCGACCGAAAUGGAAGGAUUACUCGGCACCCUAAUACGCGGAGUCGAACAGCGGGCCACACUCAACGCUACUAAAGGAUUAGUAUAAAAUACUCAAC